UCAUGCUGCUGCCAGGUCCACAGUGUCUCAUGGGUCCCUGUACGGCCUCCCAUUGCUGCUGUCUCCAUCGCCACACUCUGCCAUGUGCCACUUUCAGGUCUCCUCACACUGCUGGUGUGUUCCAUUUUUUGUCAUAGGGUGCUGGCAGAUUACGGGCCUCCCAUUGCUGCUGCCAGGCCCCUAAUCUGCCAUGGGCCCCUGUACCGCCUCCUCAUGCUGCUGCCAGGUCCACAGUGUCUCAUGGGUCCCUGUACGGCCUCCCAUUGCUGCUGUCUCCAUCGCCACACUCUGCCAUGUGCCACUUUCAGGUCUCCUCACACUGCUGGUGGUUUCCAUUUUUGUCAUAGGGUGCUGUAUGGCCUCCCAUUGCUGGCUGCCUCCACCGCCACACUGUGGCUCCACACACUCUGGUUUUGGCCCCGUGACUGCCCAAAUGAGUGAAGUGUGCGGUGAUUCUAAGAUCGACGGCACUCAUCUGCAUGUCAUACUG